AUGUAUGAUGAAGACAAAUCUGUUAAAUUAUAUGUCGUGUUAACAUUAAACACUUUAGUUGGACACUCAACUGUAGUGCAAAUGUCUAAUUCACCGACGAAUAAUAGAGCAGUGUUAUUUUCAAUUGCAAAGCUGAACAUAUCGCCAGCAACAAUAUUUUCAUUGGUCGUUGCUGAAACUUUAACCUCGAGUGAAGAAUUAGCUUUUGAAGGAUCAGGAUUAAGCGUUACAUUAGUGAUUAUUGGAAUACCUUCAUAUUCUGGACAUCUCCCAAAUGAAGUCUUCCUUUUAACCAGUUGA